AUGCAUCCAUUCGAUCCUCUGACACCCAGAGAGAUCUCCAAAGCUGCACACAUUACACGCUCUGCACUACCUGGAGAGAGCCCCAUCUUUCGUGUGAUAACGCUGAAGGAACCCCCCAAGCAGGACAUGAUUCACUUUCUCGACAAGGAGCACUCUGGGCAGCCGCAGGAUACACCCCCUACUCGGGUAGCUCGCGUACAAGUGGUCGUCCGCAGCGAAUCUAAGAACAAACUAGUUGAGCUGCUGAUUGAUCUUGACCAUGCGGCCGUUAUCAAACAAGAACAUCUCGCAGGGAAGCAUUCUUACAUUGACUCUGAAUACAUGAAGUCAGUUGAGAAAGCCUGCUUGGCCGAUACAAGGAUUCAAGAGGAGAUCAAGAAGCUCAAACUUCCCACAGGAGCAACAGUCAUCGUCGAACCGUGGGCAUACGCUACGGAUGGUAUGAACGACAUGUCCGAGCGUUUAACCAUGUGUUGGUUCUAUAUGCGCUUGCUCGACAGUCCUGAUGCCAACUACUACGCCUACCCGCUGGAUCUAUGCGCAGAAGUCUCCGAACAGCUUCAGGUGACCAAAAUAUACCAGCUUCCAUCAUCGUCAGACGAGCGUAUCCACGACCACCCAAAGCCAUAUGACCAGCGCAAGAUCCAUUCCACCGAAGCAAGCGAAUACCACCCAAGCUUGCGAUCAUCGCCGCGCAAAACCACCAAACCAUACCAGGUGGUCCAGCCCGAAGGUCCCUCGUUCCAUGUCGACGGUAACGUUGUCACCUGGGAGAAAUGGCGCAUGCGUAUAGGAUUCAAUUACCGCGAAGGCUUGACUCUGCACGACAUCCGCUACGACGGCCGUAGUCUCUUCUACCGUCUAUCUCUAGCUGAAAUGUUCGUGCCCUACGGAGACCCCCGCGCCCCAUAUCCUCGUAAGGCGGCCUUCGAUCUAGGAAACGACGGUGCCGGCAUCAACGCCAACAACCUGCGUCUGGGCUGUGACUGCCUAGGCGUAAUCAAAUAUUUCGACGGCUGGCACAACACCAACUCAGGCGAACCACUAAAGCUCCCCAACGUGAUCUGCUGCCACGAACAAGACGACGGGAUCCUCUGGAAACACACCAACUUCCGCACCCAGAACGCAGCAGUCACCCGCUCCCGCGUCCUAACCCUGCAAACCAUCAUCACCGUCAGCAACUACGAAUACAUCUUCGCCUUCUACUUUGGCCAAGACGCCUCAAUCCACUACGAAGUCCGCGCCACAGGCAUCCUAUCCACCUGCCCCAUCAACCUCACCGACAAAGUCCCCUACGGCACCAUCGUCGCCCCCGGCGUCCUCGCCCCAUAUCACCAGCACCUCUUCUGCCUCCGCAUCGACCCAGCCCUCGACGGCUACUCCAACUCCCUGCAAGUCGAAGAAUCCAUCCCCAUACCCCUCAACGACCCCACAAUCCCCAAUCCCUUCGGAGUCGGAUACACAACCACCCACCAAAUGAUCGAACACGAAGCCGGCCUCGACCUCGACUUCACAAAAAACCGCACCUUCAAAAUCAUUAACGAACACUCCAGAAACCCAAUCACAGAUACCCCCGUCGCCUUCAAACUCCUCCCCUGCUACUCCCAAAUGCUCCUCGCCCACCCAACCUCCCACCACGCCAAACGAUCUGAGUUCGCCUCCCACGCCGUCUGGGUCACCCGCUACCACGACGACGAACUCUUCCCGGCCGGCAGACACACCAUGCAAUCUGCCGGCGGCGAGGGAAUUGCUUCCGCCAUUGAAGCUCGGAGCCGAGCUAUGUCGGAGUCGAGUGUCCGGAAUCGCGAUAUCGUGGUCUGGCAUACCUUCGGCUCUACGCAUAACCCCCGCAUCGAGGAUUGGCCCGUCAUGCCCGUCGAUAAGAUGGUGGUUGGGCUGAAGCCUGUGAACUUCUUCACGGGGAAUCCCGCGUUGGAUGUGGCUGUUUCGACGCAGGAGCGAAAUAGGAGUGUUCUUUUUGAGGAGAGUGGGAAGGCUUCGGGUUCUGGGUGUUGUAAGUUGUAG